AUUCGAAUUUCUGAAUAAUCAGGAAGUGGACGUUAAUUAUCUUAUCAGUGCAUCCAAGUAUAAACGAUCAGCGCACGCUAGGUUGCCGGCAGGUCCCCCAUACGCUCUUUAUAUUCAGCAGGAAUCCAGACAUACACAUCAUAUUUAUCGAGACUGUUGAGGUCGAACGAGCUCAGUAACGAUUUUUUUUAUACUAACGUAGUGACUAUAUUUGCGAACAAGAAAUUAAAAAAAAUGAAAGGAAUACUCGUUUUUGUUGCCAUUUGUGGGUAUUUGUGUUGUGUUGCGGCUUUACCAGCAACCUCACAGGUUGAUCGUGAUGUGGAAUUUGUACCAUCUAAAGAAAAACCAGGCGAUCAACCAAUUAUUGAUACAGGUUAUGGAUUCGAUGGACCUUUUUCCAAUCCCUUUGGCGGAUUCUUAGACGGCUUCGAAAGUUUAAUGGCACAAGUAAGACAACAGGUGGAAUCAUUGUGGAAUCAAUUCCCCGUAAUUAGAGCUGGUAAUUCAUCUGACCAAAUUCCAUCGUUUUCAUCAUUCAACGCUUUCGGCGGUUUCCCUCAAAUUGAUGAUCUCGAUUUGGGAAAAGGCAAUACGACAUCUGAGACUAAGAUCAUCGACGGCCACAAAGUUAUAAUCAACCAAACGGAAUAUCACAAAGACUCAGAAAACGGUAGCGCCUUCUUCAAAGUGCGCGUCAUCGACGUCCAACCCACCGAAAAAGAUUCCGAAGAAGUAACAUCUACAGUAUCACCAAUCAAAGAUACAGAGUCUUUGGAAAAUAGCGUCGAAAACGAAAUUCAAAAAAACAAUGAGGCCAUCUUCUAUCAACCCCUAGACCAUCCUCUUCACUUGGACUCGGCUUCCCAAUUAUUUCGACCAAAUUUCGUGUAUCGAAUUGAUAAUUCCGAAUGGAAUGAUUUGAAUCAAGUGGAACCGAUUGAGGACAAUUCGAUAUCUUUUGCCGGGAAGCCGGUGGAUUUGAGCAGAGAUACGUACGUUAACGAUAUUUUGGAAAAGAAUGGUGCUACAAUGAACCCCGAUGCCGAGAUUAUAGAAAUUGUUCCACGAGGUUCCGGAAGAUCGCCAUUUUCGAACAGAUUCCAAAAUCCUAGAUAAAAAGUCGUUUGUUUUUUCUAAUUUAUUUAUUUAUUGUUUGCUAACUUCCAAUUUUAGAAGACUGACAUCUGCAUUAACGUUUUUUUAAAUAUGGUUUUCGUAAUUGCCAAUUUUUGUUUUAUUAAAUACGAAGAGAUUUUGUGAAAAAUGAAAA